CAAGCAUAACUACAGUGUCGCGGUUUGUGAUAGAAGUAACAUCUUGAACGGUUCCACAAUGUUGGAUCUGGAUCGCAAUCCACUACCGGAUCAGCUCGGUUAUUUGGUGCUGUCAGAGGACGGAUCGGUUCAUGCUUCCGGAGGCGAGCUGGAAAACGAUGAGCGUAGUGCAAACAUAAUCAGCAAUCUUCUUACGCUUACAGAAAGCAUCGAUCCGGCCAUAUUCUCUGCACGCUCUUGCAGGAAAGUUUCGAUCGUUUUCGCGGACCACAGUUACACCAUAUGCCUUUCGAACAAACGCAUUUACGUCGUAAAGAAACGGAAUCGUGCGGAAACAACCGCUAACAGUGGCAUCGAAUCGGAUAAUCAUUCAAUAUUAGCAUGAUUCUACGCGCGUUUUUCGGAGUGAAAUAAAAAAUCGAUCGCUUUUUAUGAAAGCAUUACUUUCUA